UAAACUAGUUUUAGAUCUUAUUAUAAUGAGGAUCCCAAGCGGUGCAUUAUCUGCAAAUGGAUCAGAUAGUCCGGAAUCGAAGGCCGCCUUUUUUGUGGUAGAAUCUGGGAGUUGUCGGGUGCCUGCCGUUUCCAAACUUCCGGAUAUACCGACCAAUAAGGAGAAAGAUGACGAUUACAUGCCGGAAGUAUACUCCUAUCCCCUAAACGAGGAUUACACCAAAGAGCAAUAUCAUACUAAUGGAAAAAUAGUUAACAUGAGAGUGGAUAUUAAAAUGAAAGUCCUCCCGGGGACAGGUACAAUGGCGCCACCUAGUACCCCAGCACAUACAACAACCAGAAGACGAUCCACACUUGGCGGAGCUAUUGCUCCACCAACGACUCCCACUAACUCUUCCACCGAAGUACUUGCGUCACAGUCAUGGCGUCAGGAUGACGUAGAUUAUCAAGACAAUGACGUCGUAGAUGCCUAUGGACCUUACGAACGAGCUGUCAAGUCAAUGAUAUUACGUAAUAGAAGCGCACCCCCAGUGAUGUCACAAUAUCGAACACGGUUGACUACCACCUCACAAUGGAUUAAAAAAAGAGCAGUUGCGGAGUCGUCGAAUUUGCGAAGCGAAUCAAAAGUAGGACGGCCUUCGACUUCGGUUCGUCCGUUCUCUGAGCGAGAAAGCCCAGACUCCAACAACCCUCACUUGUCCCGUGUCUGCAUUCAGCCGCCUCUCCACCCUUCCCGAAUACCAAUGCCCGACUUUGGGUCGUUUCGUGGAAAACCCCCGAUAUCGCCCGCCAUGAAAUGCAUGGUAAAGCAAAGAUCAAGGCACGCCACAAAUCAAUUGUGGAAGAAACGGGAUUCAGAUGUUAAUGAAACGACAAACAAUAACUCUAGCACAAGCCCGUCCCAAAAUAAAGUUGACCAAUAUGUAUCCGAACUACGAAAGUCAAUAAAAACUCGUCGAUCUACAGGAGAAAAUGGUCACAAACAAACGACGCCGUUUGCUUUAUGGGCAAUUUCAAACUCUUGUGAGACAUCUAGCGUAUCUGCAGAAUUAGAAACAUUUGAAUUGAACUCGAAUCGUGAAGUUUCAUCGCUAAUCACAAGAAAUACAACCAAUUCAAAGGGCAACGAAGCACACACAGUACGGCGAGAGAUCAUCAAACAAAUUGCAGACAACUCAGACGAGAAAGAAAAUGUUCAAAGGAAAAAAUUCUUAGAAGUGAAAGGAGACACUCCGCCCAGUAUUGUCGCAUCGGAGCAAACUUGUUUAACUGAAAACCCAAUCGAAACAGCGCAUGUUGUUUAUCCUACGGAACCGGAUAAGCAAACUCCGGUUAAUAUACACAAAGGAUUUCCAAGAGGAAAAACGACUCUGUACACAACCGCACAACGAGGAACAUUGCGAUAUACAAGGCAGCUAAUGUCUAGAAAUGACUCACACAGCCAGUCGAAAUUUUCUGAUUUGGACAAAGUGGAUUCCACGAAAGUUCGUAGAUUGCCCAAUUAUGGAGGCAUUAAUGAUCAUUCCCUUCCUUAUCUAAAACUACAUCAUAGCCUAGUAGAGUAUCGUUCGUACAAACAAGGUGGAGCCCCGUUUGUUAAGACUUUAAUAUAAAAUCUGUUGAGGAGACUCAAUUCACUGCUCCAAUCGAGUCAUAAUUUUUUCAUAGACUCGCAGUAAGUCGAGUUAUCUAUGCGAAAUAACGUCUCAAACUCAUAUUUGACAAACGUACAAAGAAACUUAAGACCAGUAGUGGGAUUCAGCCGGUUCGCACUGGUUCUAUAAAAACGUCUAACGUAAUUUUAUGAGAUCAGCAAACCGGUUAGCAUUACUGAAAAAAACAUGACUUUUGUAACAAAACCUAAAAAUAUGACAUUUGUGCGAUGGAACCGGCUGAAUCCCACCACUGCUUAAGACCCUUGGUGAAACACGAUUUAGCCCACCGCUCAAUGCUACAUUAAAGAAAUGGAAAAUUCACUGGCCUGUUGCAAGAAUAACUCAUAAUAGGCCGUGAAGAUACCGAUCAUAUCUUUAAGAUAUCGUUACAUAUCAGUGGCUACUCUUAUCUGGCUUUGUUUGGGGCAAAAGGCACGCACGU